AUGAGAGUUACCACCGGCAGCGGUGUCCCUUUAAGGGCACAUCUAUGGCAUAUAGUAAUUGCAUUAACGGUCUUUGGUGUUGCUAACCUCAUAGCUGUUUCGGCCGAUCCUUAUAUCUAUUCUUCACCACCACCACCAUAUGUGUACAAGUCUCCACCACCACCGGUACAUUCACCACCACCACCAUAUUUGUAUAAGUCUCCACCACCACCCGUACACUCACCACCACCACCAUAUUUGUACAAGUCUCCACCUCCGCCGGUACAUUCACCACCACCACCAUAUUUGUAUAAGUCUCCACCACCACCCGUACAUUCACCACCACCACCAUAUUUGUACAAGUCUCCACCACCACCUGUACAUUCACCACCACCACCAUAUUUGUACAAGUCUCCACCACCACCUGUACAUUCACCACCACCACCAUACGAGUACAAAUCUCCACCUCCACCGGUACAUUCACCCCCACCACCAUACGAAUAUAAAUCUCCACCUCCACCUGUACAUUCACCCCCACCACCAUACUUGUAUAAGUCUCCACCACCACCCGUACACUCACCACCACCACCAUAUUUGUACAAGUCUCCACCUCCACCGGUACAUUCACCACCACCACCAUAUUUGUAUAAGUCUCCACCACCACCGGUACAUUCACCACCACCACCAUACGAGUACAAAUCUCCACCACCACCUGUUAAGUCACCACCACCACCAUACUACUACAAGUCUCUUCCUCCUCCAGUGCAUUCUCCACCACCACCUUACUACUACAAAUCCCCACCACCACCAACAAAGUCUCCCUCUCCACCACCACCAACACCCUACCACCCCGUCCCGUACCCUCACCACAAGAAAGUCAUCGUGAAGGUCGUGGGUAAAGUUUACUGCUACAGCUGCUAUAACUGGAAAUACCCAAUCCAAUCACACGCCAAGCACCACCUCAAAGGUGCCGUUGUCGAGAUCACUUGCAAGGCUGCUGGCGAGAAAGAAAUUUGUGCAUAUGGGAAGACAAAGAUCAACGGCAAAUAUGCAAUUACUGUCGAGGGUUUGGACUAUUCCAAAUAUGGAGGAGCUAAAGCUUGUACCGCUAAGCUUCAUAUGGCACCAAAUGGAACCAAAUGUAACAUUCCAACAAAUCUUCAUGGGGGUUUGAAGGGUGCUGAGCUCAUGGUCAAGUCCAAAAAUGCUUAUGAGAUUGUCCUUGAAGCUAAACCAUUUGCAUAUGCUCCUAAGACCCCUUCUAAGAUUUGUGAGAAGCCAAAGCCAAAACCAGAGCCCACUCCUUCUCCAUAUUAUUACAAAUCUCCGCCACCACCACCACCGACUUACUUGUACAAGUCACCCCCUCCACCCGUAAAGUCUCAUCCAGUGUACCACUACACGUCACCCCCACCACCUAAGAAAUCACCACCUCCUCCAUAUCACUACACAUCUCCACCCCCGCCGGUUAAAUCACCACCACCACCAUAUCACUACACCUCACCACCACCACCUGUGAAGUCUCCUCCUAUAUACCACUACACAUCACCUCCACCACCCAAGAAAUCACCACCUCCCCCAUACCAUUAUACAUCUCCUCCCCCGCCCAUUAAAUCUCCACCACCACCAUACCAUUACAUUUCACCUCCACCACCAGUGAAGUCUCCUCCCAAAUACCACUACACAUCACCCCCACCGCCUAAGAAAUCACCACCUCCCCCAUACCACUACACAUCACCACCACCACCAGUGAAAUCUCCACCACCACCAUACCAUUACACUUCACCACCACCACCAGUGAAGUCACCACCCCCACCUUAUCACUACACAUCACCUCCACCACCAGUGAAAUCUCCUCCCCCACCAUAUCACUAUACUUCACCGCCCCUACCCGUGAAAUCCCCACCACCACCAUACCACUACACUUCACCACCCCCACCCAUAAAAUCCCCUCCACCGCCUUACCAUUACACAUCACCUCCACCCCCCGUUAAAUCUCCACCACCCCCAUACCACUACACAUCACCUCCACCACCGGUUAAAUCCCCACCACCACCUUACCACUAUACAUCACCUCCACCACCCGUGAAAUCUCCACCUCCCCCAUACCAUUACACCUCACCUCCACCUCCAGUUAAGUCCCCACCACCACCAUACCUCUACACCUCACCUCCACCACCAAUUAAAUCUCCACCACCACCUUACCAUUACACUUCACCUCCUCCACCCGUAAAAUCCCCACCACCACCAUACCACUACACAUCACCUCCUCCACCAGUUAAAUCUCCACCACCACCUUACCACUACUCUUCACCUCCGCCACCAAUUAAGUCCCCACCACCACCAUACCACUACACAUCACCUCCACCACCAGUUAAAUCCCCACCGCCACCUUACCAUUACUCUUCACCUCCACCGCCUGUGAAAUCUCCACCACCUCCUUACCAUUACAUUUCACCUCCACCACCAGUUAAGUCCCCACCGCCACCAUACCAUUACACAUCACCUCCACCACCGGUUAAAUCCCCACCACCUCCUUACCAUUACACAUCACCUCCACCACCUAUGAAAUCUACACCACCCCCUUACCGUUAUAUUUCGCCUCCACCACUUGUUAAAUCCCCACCCCCACCGUACCAUUACUCGUCUCCUCCACCACCAAUGAAAUCUCCACCACCUCCAUACCACCACAUAUCUCUCCCUCCUUUAAUAAAAUCACCACUACCACCUCAACCUAAAAUCAUAAUUUACUUCAUGUACGAGUUCAAUAAAAGAAGGAUCCUUGAAGAGACAAUUGGAAACUAGUUCAAACGCACUCAUACCUUUCAAAUAAGUUAUUCAACAUUACACUACAGAGCAACAGUCUUUUAUAUUGGAACAAUUUUCUUUCUAAUGUGUGGUUUUGGGUCAUCCUAUCUACGACGAAAUAGUUUGAAGGGUUAUACAUUUAAAAAAAAAACAAGUACAACUACAGGUUACGUUUAGAAGAUGGUGAUAAUAGUGUUGUGGC